AUGGAUAAAGAUAUAAUUGAAAUAAUAGAUUUAUUAACAUCAAAUGAACUACCUACAAUUUCACAAGGAUUAAAUGAAUUAAACAAUUUAUUAAGUUCUUUAAUACCAUUUAUAAAACAAUAUCAAACUACAUCGUCAAUUUCAUCCAAGUUGGAACAAUUUGAAAAUCUACAAAAUAGUUUCCAAUAUAACUUGGCUCAACAUUUAGUUCCUCUCUAUUCAUAUGAUUUAAAUGUUGAUCAAUUUUUGUUGUGCAAUAAACUUCUUCAAGGAUUGUUGUUGAUUCAUCCUAAUUCAAGAAGUAUUUUUAAUUUAUCUAAAAAUAUGAAAUAUGUGAUUGACUUAUUAGAAAGUAAUUUAAAUAUCAAAUUAACUAUUUCUUUAAUAUCUACAUUGAUUCAUAUAUUAUUGAAAAAUUUUGAGAAUUAUAGAGUAUUUGAAAAAUUAAAUGGUUGUAGUGUAUUAAUUAAACAUUUUAAAUUAAGUUCAUUUGAAAAAAUUCAAGAUGGUAAUGAAGAGUUUAAUAAUAAUUUAAAUUUCAAAAUCAUCGAAUUUUUAAUGCUUUAUUUGUUGGAAGAACCUAAAGGUGGUAAAUCUAUAAAUGAAAAGUCUCAGUUUUUUGUUAAAGAUUUCCCUGAGAUUGAUUCCUUGAUUGAAAAUUUAAGUCAAUUAUAUAAUCUAUAG